AUGGGUAAUCACCAGUCAGUAUUUCGAAAGCCUCGGCGUGCGACUCAAAUUGUCGAAAAGGGCAACGGAAAUUCUGUAGACAACACUGCUGCCUCCGCAGAUUCCGUAACCCGCCCGUUGACGAUACCAGUCGUACCAGUGUUGGUAUCCAGUAUCACUAUGCAAUCAGAUUCAUUGCUUCAAAUAUCACCGCAAGUCCAAGCAUUUAACAUCGUGGAUAAAAAUAUUGUACCCGAUGCUGCGACUAUACUACAUCAGGUUACCCCUGGUACAAAUGAAGUACAACCACUCAGAGUGGCCUUCGAUGCGGACCCAUCUGCUAUUCCGUCUACAUCCAUCAGGAAGCAAUCAGAUUAUCCUACCUCAUGUGGUGGCGUGGGCGAUAUCUGGAAGUGCUCAAUGUCCAUCGAUCCAGCAAUCUCUAUUGGGGUUGCUGUCAAAACCAUCAGGAUAACGGAGACAAGCAAUGGAGAAGACGUCCGAAGAGCGAAGAAUAGACUUCGCCGCGAAGUAGCCGUGUGGAUCACACUGAGGCAUGAGCAUGUUCUCGCUCUUCACGGCACGGUCUCCGGUUUUGGACCUUUGCCUGCUCUUGUUUCUACAUGGAUGGAUAACGGGGCACUUGAUAGUUACCUGAAGCGCACGAGCCUCACCAUGGAACAGAAACUAAAACUGUUGAAACAGGUGGUGAAUGGAUUGAAAUAUCUUCAUGAACAGGGAGUAAUUCACGCGGACCUGACCAGUACAAAUGUUGUGAUCGACCGCGAUGGCAAUGCAUUUUUGGCAGAUUUCGGUCUUUCGGUGGCUCUCGUAGAGAGUGACAGAUCGUACUACCACUCGUAUGCGCAAGGCUCUGUCCGGUGGUCAGCGCCCGAAUUGAUCGGCUCACCGGAACCAAACAGCACUCUGGAUGACAGUGACAGCGAUAUCGACUUCCCGAAACCGAACAGUCAGAGCGAUGUAUUUUCACUGGGUUGUAUCAUGCUACAAGUCUUCUCGGGUAGACCUCCCUUCUGGUGGAUUACCCAUGCUCAACGUAUAUUCAAUGCUCAGUACAGGCGCGCAGAGCCAUACCGGGUCGAACCCGGUGUGACCGUUAGCCACCAACAUUUGGAUUUCAUGCGGAAAUGUUGGUCAGCCAAGCCUGAGGACCGUCCUUCCGUUGGGGAUGCUGCUUCCUUUGUGGAAAACGAGCUGGAAAGUGUUUCCCUGUCCAACUAG